GUGGGAAAUCGGCGAACAAAAUAUUUUCGUUUUUUGACUGCGCUUCAGAAAAAGUGAAAAUAAUUGACUUCUUUCAGAACAGUUUCGAAUCGAAUUUUUUCGUCGAGAAAUGUCGAAGACUAUCGUGAUUAAAAAUUUUAUCAAUGGAGAGUUCGUUCAGAGUAGACAGUUUCUUGAUAGUUUUAAUCCUGCUACAGGUGAAUUGUUGGCUCGAGUACCGGAUAGCGAUGCUUUAGAUGUAGACAAAGCCGUAAAGGCAGCUAAAAAUGCCUUUCCUGAUUGGUCAAAUAAAGAACCCGCCGUCCGCUCCAAGUUACUGCAUCGUCUUGCUGAUCUUUUGGAAUCCCGCUUGCUGGAGUUCGCUACAGCUGAAUCCAGAGAUCAAGGAAAACCUCUUUGGUUGGCGCAUAAAAUCGAAAUACCGAGAGCUGUUCUCAAUAUUCGUCACUUCGCCAAUACAAUCCUGUGUGAUAAAGAAAUAUGUAUUAAUCAACCUGAAGAUGGUAUUCUCAAUUAUACAUCACGUUCGCCGUGUGGAGUUGCCGGUAUUAUUGUUCCAUGGAACCUCCCGUUGUAUUUGUUGACUUUCAAACUAGGCCCUGCCUUAGCUUAUGGUAAUACAGUUGUAGCCAAGCCAAGCGAGUUUACGUCGGUCACAGCGUGGAUGCUUUGUUCUUUGAUCAAAGAAGCAGGUAUACCUGAUGGCGUUGUCAAUAUGGUAUUUGGUUACGGACCAAAAGCUGGAGAAGCAUUGAUCAGGCAUCCAGAUACAUCUCUCAUUACGUUUACUGGCAGUGAUAGAGCUGGUCUACACAUCGGAGAAGUGGCUGGGGCUAUGGCGAAAAAAGUCUCUCUUGAGAUGGGUGGUAAAAAUGCUGCAAUUGUGUUCAGUGACGCAGACUUGAACAACUGCAUCCCAGCUUUGAUUCGAGGCAGUUUCAUCAAUCAAGGACAGAUUUGUUUGAGCACAAGCAGAAUCUACGUUGAGAGAAAACUAUUUUCGACAUUUGCUGAAAAAUUUGUAGCUGAAGCAAAGAAAAUAAAGAUGGGCGAUCCACUAGAAGAUGAAACGUGGUUAGGACCUGUAUGCAGCAAACCGCAUUAUGAAAGAAUCAAACAGUAUCUGAAAAUCGCAAAAGAGGAAGGAGCGACGUUCUUGUGUGGGUCUGAAAACUUAAACCUUCCAGAUAAUAAUCGAAAGGGUUAUUUUAUUGGACCUGUUGUCCUCACUGACCUUCCGGACGACAGCAGAUGCAUGCAAGAAGAAAUAUUCGGCCCAGUCACUUGCUUAACUCCCUUCGACGAUAUUCAAGAUGUCAUUGAAAGAGCAAACAGGGUUAACUACGGAUUGAGUGCAACUAUCUGGUCAACUGAUCUGCAGAAGAUUCAUUCCAUAGCACCAAAAUUAGAGGUUGGAACAGUCUGGUGCAACUGCUGGCUGGUGAGAAACCUGCACAUGCCGUUUGGCGGAGAAAAAAGAUCUGGUCUAGGCCGAGAAGGAACCGAAGAUUCCAGAGAUUUCUACACUUAUAAGAAGACAAUAUGCAUAAAAUACAAAUUACCUUGAGCAUAGACAGUUUCUUGGUUUUUACCAAACUGAAUUUCUCAGAAAAAACAGUUGUUGUAUUAACAUAUUUCGAAAGAGAAGAAACAUCACUGUGUGUUUAAAAUAAAAAAAUAAUAAGAGAGAAAAGAAACCAGGUAAAUGAUGUACUUCAUCAGAUAAAAAUCCAAGAAAGAAAUUUUGAGAUGCUCAUAUUAUUUUAUUUUUCAUAUUAUUUUUACAUUUUAUCGAGAAUAUAUUUUUUAUAAUCAUUUGUUUAAAACUGAAGUCGUCUUAAUUUUGAAGCGAAGUUACUUACAAGAAAUAUAAGUUUACAUUUUGCUUCAUAUAUUUUAAAGGUAGUUUCACGUAUUCCUUUUCCCCCUUUUACCUUUUAAGUAGUAUUUAAGUAAUUGGUACUAAAGGAAGUAACUUUUUUUUUUCAACAAAAAACAGAAAUCCUUCACAAAUGUCAAGAGUUUUUGAUUAAUUGAAUUAAUGAAAAAAAUAUAUAUUAAAAAGGCAACAGUUAAUAUCAAAGAGUUCUUGCUCUACUUUCAAGGUUCAAAAUGAAUUUAAAAUGCUGGUCAUAAAACUUCCAAAAGUUUAAAAGUAAUAAAAAUACGUAGCAAACAAAUAAUGAAAUACUUAGUCGUAUAUAAUAUAAAUCAAAGUUUUACUGUCUCUAAAAUAUUUCGUUUUUUUUUUAAUAUAUUGUUUUUAUUUGUUUAAUUGCGACAUCGUAUGCAUGCAUUAUGGGUUUUAACAGUUUAUGUUGCUUGUCAUGUUUUGUUUUUUAUUUAAAAUACUUUUUGUCAUCUAUUGCUUAUAAUGUUUCUUUCUUUGUGUUUAUAAAUGUGAAUAAAAGAUAUUUCAUA